AUGGUUGGCAUUGAAACGACCUUGAAGCUAGACGAUCUUCAGAACUGUAAGCCGCAAAUUGAAUACGAAAACUGUCCUGUUUGUGGUGAUCGUGUUUCCGGAUAUCACUACGGAUUGCUCACUUGCGAGUCGUGCAAGGUGCUUUUUAAAAUUUCCUUUUUCAGAUCACCUUACUACACCAUACCAAUCAGUCCGCUUAAUAUCAGCAGAUAG